AUGCUCACGCAUAGCAACCCAUUCGCUAACAUCAUCAGCAGCUAUGCCCUUAACCUGCCUUACAUUAGCUAUAACAUCUGUUCGCUCGAGGGCCAUCAUGACACUAUAUCUUGCAUUAAGGUGGAGAAGAACACUAUCAUUGCCAGAACCCAGGAUGGUACCAUUUGUGUGUGGGAUCUCACCAAGAACAACAACAACCAUGCCUCAUUGAUCCUUAACGGACACACAGGUGCGGUGUUGUGCCUCAAGUUGCACGGCAACUACCUUGUCUCUGGUGGUCAUGAUGGGGUGGCUCGUGUCUGGAACAUCGAAACCGGCCAAUGCAAGGAUGUACUCCGAAGCCACGAGAGAAUGCGCAUGCAAUUGCCACUGCUAGCACAUAUAGGACCCACAGCGCAGAAUCAGAGAUCAGGGGGUGGCUGCGAAACAUUGAAGAAUUUGCGGUUCAAGUACAUUGACUCCGAAUUGCUGGAUCACCUCCAUAUGGUGCGAGAUGACUUAGUGGAUAUGUUGCCAAGUGGAAUGGGUUGUGCUCGACGGCAAAGACGGCAAUGGCGUCAUUGCUCUGGCUACCAUGCCUACCUGACCAUCUCGCACAUGCAAUCUCGCAUUCGACAGUAA